AUCGAGUAACACUGUCACAGCUAAUUCUUGCUUCCAAUAGUGGUUUUCUGAAUCUACUUAAACUGGCCAUUGCAUUCAGUGAAAUCCACAUUGAAGUGAAGUUUUCAGAUUACACCAUUAAUGGAGUUCCAUGGCAGAAAGAGACCAGUAGUCAAGUUUUGUGAGAUUUUAAGCUUGUUCUUCUGCUUCCUUGGAGAUAACAAUUCCUUUGUUAUCUCAAAGGAGACUGAGGAUUUUGAAGUACAUUCAAGCAAUGGAAAUACUGAAGGCAAUGGAGUAUCUCUGAAUGUUUCUAGAAGCAAUUAUGUGGACUAUGGUGGCAUUCAUGGUAGGAAAAUAGAUGGAGACAAAGUCAUGCUAAAUCAGUCAAGGCUGCUGGAAAAUGAAAGGUGGGAUGAUACAAAGGCUGCAAGGCAAUGCAAUAUAUUUAAAGGAAGUUGGGUACAUGAUACCUCUUAUCCUCUGUAUUCUGCUCUCAAAUGCCCUUAUAUUGGUGGUCAAGCAAACUGUAGACUUAAUGGGAGACCAGAUUCUGACUAUGAGAAAUGGAGAUGGAAGCCACAUAGCUGUACCAUUUCAAGAUUCAAUGCCUUUCAUUUGCUGGAGAGGCUGAGGGGAAAGAGAUUAAUGUUUGUUGGAGACUCCACAAGCAGAAACCAGUGGGAAUCCAUGGUCUGCCUCCUUAAUGCAGUUAUUCCAAACAAGAAGAAAUAUAUGGCUUAUGGAUCUCCUCUUACCACUUUCAAAGCCCUGGAUUAUAAGGCUUCUAUAGAGUUUUUCUGGGCUCCCUUUUUGGUUGAUCUACAGAUCAAUCAUCAGGGAAAAGGAAUUCUUAAUCUGGAUGCCAUUGUAAACAAAGGAGUUUACUGGAGGGGGGUUGAUAUUCUAAUCUUUGAAUCUGCCCACUGGUGGACUCAUACUGGCAGUGAAAAAUCAUGGGACAUAAUAAUGGAGGGCAGAAGAAUGUACAGAGACAUGGACCCAAUGCUGGCUUACCGAAAGGGAAUGACUACGUGGGCAAACUGGAUAUCCACAAACAUAGACUCUAGAAGAUCUAGAGUAUUCUUUCGUGGCAUGUCCCCUAAACAUUACAGCCCCAAUGACUGGAAUGAAGCAAAUGGGCACAAGUGCUACAAUGAAAGAGAACCAGUGAAGAUAAGAGGAUAUAGGCCUCCAUUGCCAUCUCAAGUCUCCAUAAUCAAGCAAGUUCUUAAGAGGACCAGAUUUCCUGUGGCUUAUUUGGACAUUACAAGGCUGUCUCAGUUCAGAAAGGAUGGGCAUUCUUCAGUGUACACUGGCAACCUCAAUGGAGAGCAGAGGAAGGAUCCAGAUAGGUUUGCAGAUUGUAGUCAUUGGUGUUUACCAGGUGUUCCAGACACCUGGAAUGAACUUCUAUAUGCCCAUCUGCUCUAGGACUUUCAUAUUGAUCAAACAGUUCUGUAAUGUGAUUACUAAAGAUUUGAAGGCAAUAUGAGUAUGCAUUUUGACUCGUAGUUAUGCACAAGUUUUCAAAGUUAUAAUCAUUGUACUCCCCACUGGUUUAUUGGGCACUGUACUUUGCAAGAGGGUCAUGAGUCAUAAUCAUCUUUUAGCAAUAUGAUAAUAUUUCAGACA